GGGAACACAAGCCAGGAAGGUUUGAGAACCCUUAAAAGACUGAGUCCUGAACAGAAUGGACUUGUUGAAACCUGGGUGAUACACACUCUUGUACAGUAGGUGGCAGUAUGCACCUAAAACCUGUUUGUGAUCCGCCAUUAAACUCAACGAAGAAGAAGACGCAAUCGGAAGUGCCUGCUUGACCCGGAAGUGGUUCCGUCGGUGUGAUGCUGGAAGGUUUGAAGAUUUGGAUUCUCCCUUCAGUGGAGGACUUAUAACGUCUCUAUUGUAUUAAGGGAUCUUUGUGGGCCUGCCUGAGGGACCGAAGCUGCUCGGAGAGGGAUCGAAGCUGCUCGAUGUGACUGACAGCUGUCCAACAUGAGUAACAGCCACCCUUUGCGUCCCCUGGCCUCUGUGUCAGAGAUCGACCACAUCCACCUGCUGUCGGAGCAGCUGGGAGCCCUGGUGCUGGGAGAGGAGUACAGCGAUGUCACCUUCAUCGUGGAGGGGAAGCGCUUCCCUGCGCACCGGGUCAUUCUGGCAGCUCGCUGUCACUACUUCAGGGCUCUGUUGUACGGUGGGAUGAAGGAAUCCCAGCCACAGGCCGAGGUGUGUCUGGAGGAGACGCGGGCCGAGGCCUUCUCCAUGCUGCUACAUUACCUGUACACGGGCCGGGCCAGCCUCAGCUCUGCCCGGGAAGAGGUGCUGCUAGACUUCCUGGGGCUGGCUCACCGCUAUGGCCUCCAGCCACUGGAGGACUCCACUUCUGAGUUUCUCCGCACCAUCCUGCACACCAAUAAUGUCUGCCUGGUUUUUGACGUGGCCAGUCUGUACUCUCUGAGCACGCUCAGUGCAGCCUGCUGUGCCUACAUGGACAGACACGCGCCAGAAGUGUUGAACUCUGACGGUUUCCUCAUGCUCUCCAAGACCGCACUGCUGACCGUGGUCCGCCGGGACUCUUUCGCUUCCACGGAGAAGGAGAUCUUCCAGGCCUUGAGUCGUUGGUGUCGUCAGCACGUGGACGGGACUGACACGCAGGAGGUGAUGGCCGCAGUGCGGCUGCCGCUCAUGACUCUGACAGAGAUGCUGAAUGUUGUGCGACCGUCCGGCCUGUUGAGCCCAGACGACCUGCUGGACGCCAUCAAGACCCGAUCCGAGAGCCGUAACAUGGACCUGAACUACAGGGGCAUGCUCAUCCCAGAGGAAAACAUAGCUACAAUGAAGUACGGAGCUCAAGUGGUGAAAGGGGAGCUGAAGUCCGCACUGCUAGACGGAGACACCCAGAACUACGACCUGGAUCACGGCUUCUCCAGACACCCCAUCGAGGAGGACGGUCGGGCUGGGAUCCAGGUCAAAUUGGGCCAGGCCUCCAUCAUCAACCACGUCCGCCUGCUGCUGUGGGACAGAGACAGCCGGUCCUACUCCUAUUACAUUGAGGUAUCCAUGGACGAGCUGGACUGGGUGCGGGUUGUGGACCAUUCGAAGUAUCUCUGCCGCUCCUGGCAGAACCUGUACUUCACACCACGAGUCAGCAGGUACGUUCGCAUCGUGGGAACACACAACACAGUCAACAAGGUCUUCCAUCUGGUGGCUUUUGAAUGCAUGUUCACCAACCGUCCAUUCACGCUGGAGAACGGACUUCUGGUGCCGGGGGAGAACGUGGCGACCAUAGCGGCCUGUGCAAGUGUCAUCGAGGGUGUGAGCCGCAGCAGGAACGCCUUGCUCAACGGUGACACGCGCAACUACGACUGGGACUCAGGCUACACCUGCCAUCAGCUGGGCUCUGGAGCCAUCGUCAUCCAGCUGGCUCAGCCCUACUCCAUCACUUCCUUAAGGCUCCUGCUGUGGGACUGUGAUGAACGCUCCUACAGUUAUUACAUUGAAGUUUCCACCAACCAGCAGCAGUGGACGAAGGUGGUGGACCGCACCAGGGUGGCAUGUCGAUCAUGGCAGACCCUGAAGUUUGAUAAGCAGCCUGCUUCCUUCAUUCGUAUCGUCGGGACUCACAACACAGCUAACGAGGUGUUCCACUGCGUUCACUUCGAAUGCCCCGCCCAGCUGGACACGGAGGUAAACGAGGGCAGCCCGGGCCUGGACUCAUCAGACUCAGGAUCUGCUCCCCAGAACCCACGACCCCAACGACCAUCACGCACACACAGCCUGCUGCCCUCCCAGCCCUCCCAGCCCUCCCAGCUCUCCCAGCUCUCGUCCUCUUCAUCAUCUUCCUCGCAGUCCCAUCCUUGAGCCUCCCUCGCUCCCUCGUAUGGGACCGGGGGUGAGAGGAACCUCAGAAUGCCAUUUUGCACAGCCUUCUUCAUCCAGACUGCACUGCUACACGCCGCUAAAGGCGUCUCAUUGUCAUAACUCAUGGUCCGUCUGUCAGAAGUGCAACAGUAGAGACUGGUGUAUCUGUAGCAGCAUCUAGGGCUCCAGUCUUCCCAGUUCUGAGACAGAAAGUUAGCUGCUACAUCCACUAGCUUUUAGACUUUUGUGGAGGUACUUCUUAGCUACUCAGACUCCGGGUUUUCUCCUUACAGAACUCAUCCAAGUGGAAUCUUUACUCCUCCAAAGAUGAGGCACACACGGAGCUGUGGUUAUACUGUCCCACCAAAGAGCAGUAAGACCGGGGGGUGGGGGGGUUGCUAUCUGAAUUUUACCAGUUAAUAUUUGAAAAAGAGAGGGAUUUUAUCCUGACACUAGCUAUUUUUUAUAGAAACUGACAAAAUGACUCUACUCACUUUUCAUACCAUCAAGCUAACAGAGUAGCAGUCAGAUAUUUUUCAAAGGUUGGAAUUGAACUCUUCAAAUGUUUGCCAAAGCUGUGUGGCUGAUGGCGUUUGUAUGCAACUUGCACUUAAUCCUAGUAUGCAUUUGCAUAUGAAGUACUAGCUGUUCGUUGACAGGAUCUCACACCUUGAAAACCAAAAUCAGUGGUCCUUACCUGGUGUGACUUUUCAUAGUUCAAAAUUAUACCUCAAGAAAAGCUACUUCAAAUCGAAACUUUGAAUUAGGUGUCUUAAUUUAGUAUUUUAAGCGCUUAGCUUAGCUUAGCUUAGCACAACUGAAUUGGGCAAUUAAGAAGAAAAAUGACUAGCGAGGGGCUCGGACCAAACGAUGCAUGCACUCUGGGCUGCAGGAAGUACAGUUGAUAACAGUAGACACACACGAGCAGCUGCUAUUGGCACUUUAUUUUACUCAAGUACUCAAACACGGUGCAGCUUGGGUCUGCUGAUGAAGUACUGAAGAGCUGGAUUUCUGUUGACUGCAACACCUCGCUCUUUGCUUUGGGUUCGAGCUGUCUGUUCCUGUGUUUUGAAAUUAAGCUAUCAGUGCUGUGGUUCUUGUUUGUUCUCCUUUGUGUCCUGAUGUUGCACUUUGUCUUCUCCUUUUAUUUCAAACCUUUUAUUUGAUGUUUCCCAGCGACCUGGUGACCCACAGAUGUUUCUGUAAGCCUUCUUUGGUCCUCCUCUACAUUGGAUUGCAUUAGAGUAGAUAGUUUGAUGAAGUCUUCCUCAAUAAUUAACCAGAGAAUUGAAAUAGGGCUUAGAAGGGUUACAUUGUAGAGAACACACUCCCCGCCCCCUGUCCUUUAUAAAUGUGUAUAGUUUAACUUAAUAUAUAUUAGUUUUGACCAUUGAUGUGUGAUUGCAUUUCACUGCCUCUUGUUCAAUACAUUGCCUGUCAAAAAUGUGAUGAUGGAAACAGUCGACAUUGUUAAUGUUCAUUGCUGAGAGGGGUCACACCCGUUCUGCUUGCCUGAAUCGCUGCUGGUAGACUCAGUGGAAGUCUUUGAUACAAGCAAUACAGUGAUGUCUAUCUUC